AUAGUGCUUGCAAGUCCAAAGACAAUAAUACAUAUUUUCUAAGGAAUAAAUGUCACUCUCCUUGUUUGCCUUGAUUGUAUUUUUUCUGUAACAUUUCUCUUAUACACCAACAGUACAUUUUUUUUCAACUAAAAAGUACAACAAUCUUGCUUCAAAAUUCUCAAAUCUUGUAUACAUUUCAGUCCAAAUCUCACUAGAUAAAAUCUUGAAAUCUGACCUGAGAAUCUUGAAAAACAAAAAAUACCCUUUAAAAAUGGUGUUCUUCUUGUUUAUGUAACAAUUUUUCUGAGACCCCAAAAGUGUGCUUUUCAUUAUAAAGCAUCAAUCUUUACUACUAAUUGCUGAAAUCUUCAGUACCCUUGAAAAAAUCUUGAAAUUUAAUCUUGAAAAUAUAGCUUUACAAGUGGUGCUCUUCUUGUUUGGCUUGGCUGUGUUUCUGUAACAUUUCUCUCAAACCCCCCCAAAAGUGCUUUUUUCAUUAUAAAGCAACAAUCUUUACAACAAAUCUUGAAACUUGGCCUGAAAAUCUUGAAAACCCCCUUUUGGAAAUGGUUAAUAGUUGUCUUGUACUACUCUGUUCAUUCAUUUCCUUUUCAAUCCUAGCUUCAUCUCAGCAACUUGAUGGCUUCAUUUAUACAAGAUUCAAUGAACCAAACAAUAACAUUACCUUAAGUGGAAGUGCUGAGAUUAGCCAAAAUGGAUUCAUUCAACUAACUAAUGAAACAAGUAGAUUAAUGGGGCAUGCUUUCUAUUCUUCACCUUUUCAGUUCAAGAACUCAACAAAUGGCACUGCUUUUUCAUUUUCAACAUCUUUUGCUCUUGCUAUAGUCCCUGAAUAUCCAAAACUUGGUGGUCAUGGACUUGCUUUUACUAUUUCUCAGUCUAAUGAUUUCAGCACAGCACUUCCAAGUCAGUAUCUUGGCUUACUAAAUGCUACUGAUGUUGGUAAUUUCUCAAAUUACAUAUUUGCUGUUGAAUUUGAUACAGUACAAGAUUUUGAGUUUGGGGAUAUUAAUGAUAAUCAUGUUGGUAUAAACAUUAAUAGUUUAAGGUCUAAUAUGUCUGCUAAAGCAUCUUACUUUGAUGAUGAUUUGGUAAAACAAGAUCUGAAUCUCAAAUGUGGUAAAGUUAUAUUGGCAUGGGUUGAUUAUGAUUCUGUUACAAACUUGGUUAAUGUUACACUUUCAAGAUUUGCUACAAAACCAAAGUUGCCACUUUUCUCUUAUCAUAUAGAUCUCUCUCCAUUUUUCAAAGAAAAUAUGUAUGUUGGUUUUUCUGCUUCAACUGGUUUGCUUGCAAGUUCACAUUAUGUUUUUGGUUGGAGCUUUAAGUUGAAUGGCGAAGCGAAAUUUCUAGACUUGGAUUUACUUCCAUCAUUGCCUGGUCUCAAGAAGAAGCACACUGGCGUAAUUGUAGCUAUCUCGGUUAUAGUAGUUGUUUUGGUUUUGAUUGGUAUAUUAGUCGCUAUUUAUUUAGUUAGGAGAUUCAAGAAUGCUGAUGUUAUAGAGUCUUGGGAGCUUGAGGUUGGUCCUCAUAGAUACUCUUAUGAAGAACUUAAGCAAGCUACUAGAAGUUUUAAGGAUAGUGAGCUUCUUGGGUUUGGGGGAUUUGGUAAAGUUUACAAGGGUGUUUUACAAAGUUCGAAUAUGGAAAUAGCUGUGAAGCGUAUUUCACAUGAAUCUAAACAAGGCUUACGCGAAUUUGUGUCUGAAAUAUCUAGCAUUGGAAGACUCCGUCAUAGGAAUUUGGUUCAAUUAGUAGGUUGGUGUAGACGUCGUGGUGACCUUUUACUUGUGUAUGAUUUUAUGCCAAAUGGAAGUUUGGACAAUUUCUUGUUUGAAAAACCUAGAAUGUUGUUGACAUGGGAGCAAAGGUUCAAAAUCAUCAAAGGGGUUGCUUCUGGUUUACUAUACUUACAUGAAGGUUAUGAACAAGUUGUGGUGCAUCGAGACGUUAAGGCUAGUAAUGUGCUACUAGAUGGAGAGUUAAAUGGCAGGCUUGGAGAUUUUGGACUAGCAAGAUUAUAUGAGCACGGAUCAAACCCGGGCACGACUAGGGUGGUAGGCACAUUGGGGUACCUUGCACCAGAAUUACCAAGAACAGGACGAGCUACUGAAAAAUCCGAUGUUUUUGCCUUUGGUGCGUUGUUGCUUGAAGUGGUAUGUGGACGUAGACCGAUUGAUUCAAAGGUGAGGCCUGAGGAAUUAGUUCUAGUGGACAUGGUGUGGAACAAAUGGAGAGAAGGGAAAAUUCUUGAUGUUAUAGACAAGAGAUUGAAAGGUGAGUUCAAUGAAAGUGAAGUUGUGAUGGUCUUGAAAUUAGGAUUAAUGUGUUCAAACAAUGAGGCGUCGUCUCGACCUAGCAUGAGACAAGUGAUGAGUUACUUGGAAGGUGAAGCUGAUAUACCUGAUGCUCCAAUGGCUCCUGGUGAUUAUAAUGGAGGAUUUGGAUUCGAAGAAAACGAAUGUAUGCAUUCUUUAGCAUCUUCAAGAGGACAUACAUCAUGUUUGGCUAAUGGAAAUGUUGAUGGUACAUUUGUUUCUGUUUCUACUGCACCACUUUCAUGUUUAUUUACUGAUGAGUUACCUAGGUAGUGAUUGUGAAGUUGUGUGCAGAUUUUUUUGAGUUUUCAGGAACAUUUUCUUGAUGAACACUACUUUAAAGUUCCAAGUUAUGAAAGUUUAACCAAUGUUUUUGGUCAAGGAAUAUAGAAAAAAUUAUUGUGUUUGGUAA